GUGCCAAUUGAUAGAAAAGUUCUCUGGAUAGUAAAUUUUUGACAGCUAUGAGGUGAAUAAAAAUGUUUGAUACGGCAGGGCUAGUGAAAAAUUUGACAGCAAGCAUUAUCAAGAAGAAGAACGAACAACGCACGUAUACACAUAAAUUAAAGAAAACAAAAGCGAGUGGAAAUAAAAGAAAAUGGUCCCGCCGGCAAAAAAAAUAAAGAAAAGCUAUAUAACUUGGAGCAGUUCAGAACGCAGAAUCCUUCUGGAAAAGCGCAUUGACAAGGAUGUUUGGUUCAGUUCAAAGAACGCCAACAGCAACGAAGGCUGGAAAAAAAUCGCGAAUGAGCUGAAGGAUCGCCUGGACGGUAAAAGUGCUGAAGCAUGUAAAGCACAAUGGAAUGCGUUGAUGAAAAAAUAUAAAAGCUUUUUCAAAUACCGCUCGGGCGAUGGAACAGGUGAAGAGGCGACUGCUGAAGAGGCGAAAGAUUGGGAGUUUUUUGACUGCAUCCACUCAUAUGCUUCCAAGAAAGAUAAUUUUCACCCUCCAUUUUUAAUUGAUAGCGGCGAUGGUGAGGUGUCGAUGCAGCCAAGGAGAGAGGAAAACGCCACAUUUGUCUCGGCACUGCAGCCGGUUGAGUCCUUGACAAAUUCGCAGUCGACGUCUAGCGAAGAGUCGAGACAGAGUCCGCUGCCAUCAACAUCCCGGCGCUCUGCAGCACAAAAUGGCGUUAAGCAACUAGAACGCCACAUUUAUAAAAGGGAUAAAAAAAUCAAUAAAAAAAUAUCAACGCUUUUGGCUGUAUUUGGGCAAAUGGUGCAGACGGACUAUCCGCACAUCGACGCAUCAGCGCUGCUCUUGACCUCACACUCGGAUUCUGAGUAGUCCGUGCCAUUAGGAAAUAUUUUUAACUGAAUUUUUUUAUUUUAUCUUUUUUAUGUAAAUAUUUUUUUGGUAGAAGUGUAGUAUUUAAUUUUUUGUUUUGUUUGUUGCUUGAAUUCACUUUAAUUUAUUAUUUUUAUACAACAUGUACCUCUAGAUAUAAGAAAAACCAGUACAAUAAGUAAUGUGAUGAAUUUUUUUAGUUUAAGAUAUAUUACUCUCUUUAAAAACUAGUAGGCUUAGUAACAAAAUGGAUCUCCAUAUAUGAUUUUCUUUUUAUUGUGAUGGUAUUGAAUACCACUUUAUAUUUUUAAGUAAAUGUAAAUAAGACUGAUAUG